GCGCCACGGUGGCAGUCACGAGAAAGCCACAUCAUCGCAACGAAAACGGACCACAGUCGAUUUGUAUGAAACAACCGAAAGAUGUAAGAAGAGUAGUUCGAUCAUUUGUGAUUGUUGUGCGCGCAUAAAGUGCGAAUUAAGUCCAUAAAAUAGUAAAUGUGCAUUUGAGACCACGAAGCACAGUAGACAAUUUAGAUUAGAUUUCAUAUUUAGCCGAUAACCCAAAGAACUUUCUAUGAAAAUGGCUCCAACCGCUACAACACAUACUGUUGUCAUUUCACCAAGUUCUAAGCUUGUACCGGUCACCAUGGCGAAUCAAGCAAGGACCGAGGUGGAAUUUGUGGGUUCUCCACAACAAAUUCCUAAAUAUGCGCUUGGUUUGUUUGAAUCAAAUGGAAACGGUCCCAGGAAACGAAAGCGUUUGACACACUUAACUACUGAAGAAAAAGUCAUGAGAAGAAAAUUAAAAAAUCGAGUAGCUGCCCAAACUGCACGUGAUCGAAAGAAAGUUCGAAUGGAAUGUUUGGAAGAUAAUAUUCAAAAAGUUCAGCAACAGGCAAAGGAACUUUUGGACGUUAACAUGCAGUUAUUGGAGAGGGCUGAAGCGCUUGAAAGAGAAAAUCGUGAGCUUCGAGUGCGACUUGGUAUUUCUUCUAGCCAUGACACAACAGUGUCAUCUAAACGUGAAGAUGUGGAAAGAAUUAAAUUGGAGUUUGAUGAUUUGGUAGCACAAUCUGAACAAACACCUGAUGUGAUUGCAGUAUCACUACCAGAGUGUAUUCUAUCUCCUGAUGAAUCUGCCGAUGAAUUUGAUCAUCACAUGGAUAUCAAACGAAGACUAUGUGAGCCUCGCAGUGAUGUGGCGGCGAAACGACUUUGCCUGGCCAAAACCGAGUGUGCAUCCCCCGUGCCCGCAGUGUUCGGGGAACACAAACUGGAUAGACUUUCUCCUCAGCAGCAGGACGCUGUCAACCUAAUGUUGAUCCACUCGGAAAAAGCCAAGGUCAAGUCGCAAGCACCCACCUCACAGAUGAAGCCACAUAUCAUGAGGAUGAUAUCCUUGGAUGGCUCGAACAAAUCGGUGAUGAACUUAAGUCUGAAGAAAGAGAGUGCAACAAAGUUACAGACUCCCCUGGACCUGAGCAAAAAUAUCAAACUCCAGUAAAUGGAGUAACUACAGAACAGCUCAACUCCAUCAAAGAGCUGAUCAGCAUUGACCAUCUUUACUCAAAACCACGCGAAGAAAAAAGUUCCACUGAAAUUCCAUUAACCGACGCGAAGAAACCUGUGUUCCGCGUCCAAUUAAGCAGGUCCACUCGUUCUACCAAACUUAUAAAGCAAUCACCACUGUUGCAAGUAAGUUUGGGCGACGCCGUGGCUGCCAAACCAAGUGCCCUUUUUGAAGAAGGUGCAAAAACAAGUGCGAAACCUGCGGUGAACAUUGAAGCAUUUGCAGCAACUAAAACUUCUAGCCCACCACUUCCCAUGUUGUGUAAUAUCAAGCAGGAGCUCGACAAUUCUCUCCUUCUUCCUUCCUUGGAAGAGAACAAACUUGAUUUUGACAUUUUCGCAAACAAUCUUGGAGAAAUCUUCAAUUCCGAGACUGAAGACUGUUCAGCAUCAAGCCCACACAGCAGUUCAAUAUCAUGUAGUUCUCCAGAUCGAAUGUCUGACACCUCACAAGAGUCUUUACAGAUGAAUACGCCAUCUCCAUUAACUGACACAUUUGAUCCAUUUUUAGAUAUUCAGAACUAUGAUUCCUCCAUGUUUAAUGAUCCAUUUUCAUCAGAACUUUUCCCACAAUUGGCGUGUGGGAUUUAGAUGUUGUGGUGUUAUUUAAAUCGUGUAUAUUUUCCAGUCUUGUGGGUAUUCUGUGCAAUCAAGUUCUGCUUAGUGCAGAGAUUUGUAAAGGACUAAGGUGGUGGUGCUGUUGUUAUUAGUUUGCUGCAUAUCUUUCUUUUCUCUGUAAAUUCUAUCUUGUUUUUGCAUUUUCUUCAUAAAGUGGAAAAAUCUGAAAA